AUAAUAAUCUCAAAUCCCAAAUAUAAGAAAUAAACCCUUUGCCUCCGCCAUAUCAAAAAGCUCCUCCGUCACAGUCUCAGGAUCUCAGCAUUAUCGCCAAGUCUUAUACUCAAUCGAAAUCGAAAUUGAGCGAACUUCCCGGCGAGAUUAUCUGAUUAGGGUUUCGUAACCGAAUCCAUCCGCGGGAAUCUGAGAUGGCUGAGGAGAAGAAAAAGAAGAACAAGAAGAGUGAUGAAAUUAGGGUUGAUUCUGGAGGAACUGUUGAAGAAGUAGUUUCCGAGCACAGUUCUAUGAAGAAGAAGGAGAAGAAGAAGAAGAAGAAAAAUCGAGAGUUUAAGGAUGAUUUUGCUGGAGAAGAUGGGGAUAUUGCUGAGCGUGAAAGUGAGAAAUUGGGUGAGGAUGCUCUUGUUAAGAAGAUGAAAUCCAGAAAGCAAAUGAUUGAUUCUGAAGCUGAGGAUGGUGUGAAGAAGAAGAAGAGUAAGAAAGAAUCUGGGAGUGAUGUGUUGGGAAACAGUGAAAGCUUCAAAGUUUGUGAUAAGAGAAAGCGGGAGGAUUGUGAUUUGGGAGCUGAAGAAUACACAGACAAGGAGGUGAAGAGGCAGAGCAAGAAGAAGAAACCAAGUGUUGUAUCAGAAACCAGCUUGAACUCUACAAAUGAUGCCAAGAGAAAUAUCAUGGAGACAAACACAAGUGUGGAUCCAGAGGAUGAUAACAAGGACUCUACGAAACAUGCAAAGAAGGAAAGGAAGAAGAAGGAGAAGCAACAAAGUGUGGAUUCUGAAGUUGAAGAUAACAACUUGAUCAACUCUUCUAAUGAUGCAAGAAAGAAAAUCAAGGAGAAGGAACCAAGUAAGGAUUCUACUAAUGAUGCAAUAAAGAAAAGCAAGGAGAAGGAACCAAGUAAGGAUUCAGAGCUUGAGGAACACAACAAGAACUCUAAGAAAGACGCAAAGAAGAUACACAAUGUGGAUUCAGAGGCCGAUGAAAACGACUUGACCUCAACAAAAGAUGCAAAGAAGAAAAGGAAGAAGAAGAAGCAAAGUGACGUUUCAGAGGCUGAAGAAGUAAACAACAAUGAUGGCAAAGAUGCAAAGAAGAAAAGGAAGAAGAAGCAAACUGAAGUUUCAGAGGCUGAAGAAAACAACAAUGAUGCAAAGAAGAAAAGGAAGAAGAAGAAGCAAGAGUGUGGUCAGAGUGAUAAAGAUGUGACCACACCAUCAAGUAAAAGCACAAAAAGGGUGACAUUUUCUGACCAAGUGGAGUUUUUCCCUGCUGCGGAUGAAGAAUCGGAGGAAGAUGAAGCAGAAGUUAAGCUGGUGAGAGGUAAGAGAUUUACAAAAGAAGAAGAUGAGUUAGUAAAGAAUUCUGUAUUAGAAUACGUUGAUAACCAUGCCUUGGGAGAUGAUGGGGUAAAGAUGGUUAUGGAAUGCAAGUCACACCCACAACUUAAAGGCUGUUGGAAAGAAAUUGCAUCUGCUUUACCUUGGAGGGCAUAUGAUAGUGUGUAUCAUCGUGCACAUACUAUAUUUGAAGAAGGAUCCAAGGGUGUGUGGACGCAGGAAGAUUUGGAACUCGUUAUAGAGUUUCAAAAGAAACAUGGGAAUGAUUGGAGAACACUUGCAGAUGCGUUGGGUAAAGACAGGAAGCAUGUGAAAGACGCUUGGAGGAGAAUAAGAUUGGCAUCCAAGAAGAAAGGUCAUUGGACUAGGGAGGAGUAUCAAAAUCUCUUUGAUCUUGUGAACAAAGACAUUAGGAUGAAAGCGUUCCAAGAGAAGCACGCAAAACAUGGUAUGCUCAAAGACAACAUCCCUUGGAUGGCUAUAAGCGACGUACUUGGAACCCGGGACCACGUAACUUGCUGCACUAAAUGGUAUGAUCAGUUGACAUCACCAAUGGUAGCAAAGGGAACAUGGGCUAACGUAGAUGACUAUAGACUCUUGGAAGAGCUUUUGAAAUUGGAUGCUGCUUGUAUCGACGAUGUGGAUUGGGAUUAUCUUUUGGAGAAUCGAGAUGCAGAAGCUUGUAGAAAACGGUGGAACCAGAUGGUCCUUCAUAUUGGUAUACCGAAAUCGAAAACAUUUGUAGAACAAGUUGAGAUUUUGUCUGAAAGGUAUCGUCCUGACAUAGCUGAGGACAGAGAGGAUUUUGACAACAGACCCUAUGAUCCUGAAGAUUAAGUUUGGAACCAUACAUUAGAUGUUUUCUUGGUACUUUCUGUUUUGUUUGAUAAAAUGUAUUGGUACUUUCUCUGUGUUCGCGGAUAGAAGCUCUGAGAAUGUAUUUGAUUUUAGCAUCUAAGAACUUAUUGAAGCUAGUCCAGGCUUAAGCUAAGCAUCAGAUACUACUUGACGAGGCAUUUUUAACUUUUCCUUA